GCUUUCACAGGAAGUACACGAGGCCUCAUCUCCUCCUUCUUCACUCUAUUUGGUGCGUGUCGGGGAAAACUAACCGGAUCUCACAUUCUCUUCCUGCAGAUUUUUUUUCUCUGCAACAACCAUGAAAAUAGCAUCGUUCAACAUCCAGAAGUUUGGAAGGAGCAAAGUCUCAGACCCAGAUGUCCUCAAAAUCCUGAUUAAGAUCGUGUCUCGAUAUGACAUCAUCCUGAUCCUGGAGGUGGUUGACAAAGCUGGAGACGCCGUUAAAACCCUCCUGGAUGCACUAAAUACAGCCAACAGGAAGAAACACUACACCAUGAAGAUCAGCAGUCGCCUGGGCCGCGCGGGCUACAAGGAGCAGUUCAUGUUCCUGUACAGGGAUGACCUGGUGGACCUGGUGGGCUCCUAUCAGUUUGAUGAAGAGGAGGCUAAGAAAGGAGACGUUUUCGCCAGAGAACCCUACAUUCUGCGAUUUAGAUUACCCAAAACAGUGCUGAAGGACCUGGUGCUGAUCCCUGUUCACACCAAACCAGAGGACUCGGAGAAGGAGUUGGACGAGCUCUAUGACGUCUUCCAGAUUGUCAAGGAGAAAUGGAAGACCGAUAACGUAAUGAUCCUUGGCGACUUCAACGCAGACGGCCUCUACGUCUCUAAGAAGAAGAUGAAGCGCAUCCGUAUCCGUAGCGACAAGAACUUCCACUGGCUCAUUGGAGACGACGUUGACACCACGGCAAACACCGGAAACGACCACACCUACGACAGGAUCGUAGUCUACGGAGACGACAUGUUGGACGCUGUUGUCCCCAACUCCGCCAAACCCUUCAACUUCCAGGAGGCCUACAAACUCAGCGAAGAACAGACUCUGAAGGUGAGCGACCAUUACCCCGUGGAGGUGGAGCUGAAGCCCACAGCGUGACCUGGGACUGCCCUCCACUCAGCAGGCUCAUUUUAGUGCACCUAUAGGCUGACUUUUACGGUAUUAAAAAUGUAACCGGAAUAAAAGCGGACAAUGACUGAAGCACGUGUACAGGACCUCUCUGGCCACUCUUGUCCAUGAAUUGAAAUAUUUUUAGUCUAUAAAUUUAGAUAUCUCCAAAAUAAAAGUCCUAUAUUUUCAAGAUAAAAAAAAUGUCUCCAUAUUUAAAAAAACAAUUUUCUCAAUAAGUCCAAAGACUAAGAUGUUUCAAGGACCUCACUGGCUACUUUAAGUUUAUGUUCAAAAUGAAAAUUUCUCCAUAUUUGAGCUGCAAUAAA